AUGAGCACACCACGACAACAAUUUGAAUUGUUGAAAAAGAGUUCUCUCUUUUUUGAUUCUUCUUUUAUAUCAUUUGACCCUGAGAAGAGUUUGAUUGGGGUUGGUUCUGUUGGUUCUGUAUAUCGUGCACAAUUCAGUGGGAAGACAGUUUGUGUGAAAGUUUUUGACCACAAACCAAAACUUGAUGCUCAAGACUUUUUGAAAGAUAUUGAGUUUUUGUCUGGAUUGAACCACAAUAAUAUAGUACUUUAUAUGGGGUUUUCUUUGAUAGAAAAUGUGUUUGCUGUAAUAACUGAAUAUGUUGAGUUGACUCUUGAAAAUGUUAUAGCAGGUAAAACAGAGCAAGUUCUUAGUCUAAUCCAGAAAGUUGUUUUAUUCGAGCGUUGUUGUCUUGGCGUGCAAUGGUUACACAACAGAUUCAAUUUAAUUCACCGCAACAUCAAACCCUCGAACUUCCUCAUCCAACCAAAUUUAGACGUGAAAAUUUGCGACUUCAAAUUUGCAGAGUCUGCAAAACGUCCGACAAAAGAAUUUCGAGGAAGUUUAUUGUAUUGUGCGCCUGAAGUAUAUGAUGACCGGUAUGACAAAUCACUUGAUAUUUAUUCCCUUGGAAUGACGAUGUGGGAGCUCUUUUACUGUAAGAAUUUGUUAACCGAGUUCAUGAAGAAAACAAAAGAGCCCCUUCAAACUGUGUUUUGUACGUUAAUUAAAAAUGGUGUCCGCCCGACCCUCCCACGUAAAUUUAUGUGCAAAAAUUUUAAAAAAGCCGAAAACGAAAAAGAUGGACUCAAAAAGAAAGAACUUCAAAAUGAAAUUGAACGAGUGAAACUGUCUUAUAACACUAAAGUGCCAAAGAACGUUGAAAACAUAAUUGAGGAAUGUUGGACAACCGAUCCAAGUAAAAGACCAGACAUAAAUCAAUUGAUUAAAAUGCUCUCUGAUUUACGAAUUGUAUUUGUUGUGAGCUUCCACUCGGCUCUUAUGUGGUGGAACACGCACUUUGCGUUAGGAAAUUCUGCCGAUGAAGUUGUUCCCAUAAAAACUUUUGUGGAAAAUCUGUGUGACACGUUUGGUGUAAAAGAGCCAAGCACCAUAAAUCGGCUGAUUGAGUAUUUAAGCGAGAACAAUCAAGUGAAUUUGGAGCACUUCGGAUUUUUAAUUCGGUUGUUCGGCAAAUUUUAUAAGAAGAAGACACUCUUUGCUAAAAUGCUGAAGAUGUGUAAAGCAGAUUGGUACUAUCCAAAUUACAGUAGAGAAGAAUCUCAAGCUAAAUUGACGGGGUCUCUUGAUGGGACGUACUUAUUUAGAGUUUCUAAAAAGACACUCGACUAUCCUUUAGUACUUUCUCGAGUUGUUAAAGGGUCGAUAGUGCAUACGAGAGUUUCAUGUACAGAUCUUGGGGACAAAGGUGUAAUGUAUAAAUUGGAAACCAAAACCGGAAUCUACUCAGACAAUGAUUUGUGUCGAAUAGUUGAUGUAAUGACAAGUAUGAAUGUCUUAAAAGCGCCAUGUUCUAAAGAAGAGAACUACAACCCCUAUUCUUAG